AUGAUCCAGAUUGUUUUUUUCAUUUUGAUUGAGUUCAUUCAAAUUAUCUCCUGCCUACCCAGGCCAAAUUUGACUAGACGUGGUGACUUCCCCGUUCCAGCUCUUUCUGAUACUGUAUUUCCUGAAACACUUUCAGAAGACCUUAAUCUUACGCGGUAUCAAAGAUUUUGUUCAGCUGCAUAUGAAGAUGAAAAUGAUCUCUCAAGAUGGGAAUGUGACUCUUGUAAAAAUAUUCCUAACAUUGUUGAUGUGCAAGUGAUAUCCAUUCCAGAUACAACUACUCUUUGGGGCCAAAUUCUGCUGGCGGAUCCAGACACGUUUUUGGAUGACGCCUCUUUUUGUUUCGAAAAUCCUGAUGUGUAUAAGUUUGGUGAGAAUGAAAUAGCGCAAUCAAAUACCAAACACACUGACAAUGCAUUAGUUUAUCCUGGUUUCUAUCAAGGAUGGCGAAAUUUCCAUCAGCCUAUUUUAGAUGCACUAAAAAUAAGAUUGCAACGUUAUCCAACAUAUACUACAGUAUCGCAGUCACCGGACAUAGUUUAG